AUGGCCACUUCCGUCCGCUCUAUCCGCUCCCUUGUCCCCCUUCUGGACCGCGUCCUCGUCCAGCGCGUCAAGGCUGAGACCAAGACUGCCAGCGGCAUCUUCCUGCCCGAGUCCAGCGUCAAGGAGCUUAACGAGGCCAAGGUCCUUGCUGUUGGACCCGGUCUUCUUGACAAGAAGGGCAACAGACUGCCCAUGGGUGUUAGCUCUGGCGACCGCGUCCUGAUCCCCCAGUUCGGCGGUUCUCCCGUCAAGGUUGGCGAGGAGGAGUACCACCUCUUCCGCGACAGCGAGAUCCUGGCCAAGAUCAACGAGUCGUAG